AUGGCGGGGGCGGCGAGGAGAACGUAGGGGGCAGCUCCGACCGGGCGGCGGAGCGGGGAGGAGGGGAGAGGGAGGAGCUGGGGCCGGUGGGAGGGAGCGCAGAGAGCGGUGUCACCGAACGCGAGAGGCGGGGGCCGGCGGACGGCGGGCGGGGGGGAGGGGGGGGUGGCGGCGGCGGAGGAGGAGGAUGGCGGAGCCGCGCCGGGUGCCGUUCAUCAGCCUGUCACCCGUGCGGCGCCGCGAGGGCGAGAGCCCGGCGCUGGAGCGGGAGCCGGCGGGCCGCGACCCGGAGCCGCCGCCGGCGGGCCGCGAGGCUCCGCCGCCGGAGCCGCCACCGAACGAGCCACCCCGCGACAGCGCCGCCCGCCCGGAGCCGCCCCGCGACCCCGGCCGGCCCGAGCAGCCGCCGCAGCGGGAGCCCCCCCGGCCCGAGCCGCCGCCGCUGCCGCCGCCACUGCCGCGCCAGAGCGGGCGGCAGGAGCCGCCGCCGCCGCGGGAGGCGCUCCCGCUCCGCCAGACGGUCCGCCUGGAGGUGGUGCUGAAGGACCCCACUGAGGAGGGCUGCGUGGAGUUCAGCUACCCGGAGCUGCUGCUGUGCGGGGACUCUAAGAAGAAAUCAGUUCACUUGGAAGAUCCGUUUAAUGAUGAACAACGUGAGCGACAUGAAGUAGAAAUGCUUGCCAAGAAGUUUGAGGCAAAAUACGGUGGAAAGCCCCACAAACAUCGGAAAGAUCGCCUGCAGGAUCUAAUCGAUAUAGGUUAUGGUUAUGAUGAAACGGACCCUUUCAUCGAUAAUUCUGAAGCGUAUGAUGAAUUGGUUCCUGCAUCCCUGACAACCAAAUAUGGAGGGUUUUAUAUCAACACUGGUACACUGCAGUUCCGACAGGCAUCUGAAUCAGAAGAUGAAGACUUUGCAGAAGACAAAAAACAUAGGCCACCUAAAAUAGCAAAGUUAAAAGAAAGUGAAGAUCGUGGAAUGAAGAAGCGCAAACGGAAAGAGGAAGGGACAGAAAAGGAGAAGAAGCCUCGGAAAAUGAAAGUUCCUAAGCAGUUGGGAGUAAUGGCCUUAAAUUCACACAAGUCUGAGAAGAAGAAAAAGAAACUGUAUAAAGACUCGCUCUCUCUGGCUGCCAUGAUCCGUAAAUUUCAAAAGGAGAAGGAAGCCAUGAGGAAGAAGGAAUCUAGUCCAAAACCUCCAGUGACUGUCGCAACCUCCACCCCUAGUAAAAUUCCUUCCUCUUCUCUCAGUGCAGGAAACGAUAUCUCUGACUUGAAUCUUAGGAUCAAUGAUCCUGUCCUCUCCAUUUUUGGUAGCACAAAUGAACCUGAGCUCCUGCAAGAAACUGAAAGUGCCCUGGAGAUGCUGGGAGACAUUGACUUUGACAAGUUGCUUGAUGGCACUUCUGAUGGCAGCCCGGUAUCCGAGCUGUCAGGAGAAAAUGGAAAUGUCACUCAGGCAACCUACACCUCUCAGGUCAUGACACCCAAGCAGGUGCCUGCCCUCCCAGAAGGUCUGCCUGUGCUACUUGAAAAGCGCAUUGGAGACCUUCGAACAGCUGCCAAGAUGUUUGAUGAAGAAGGCAGGAAGAAGUUUUUCACGCAAGACAUGAAUAAUAUUCUUCUGGAUAUUGAGCUACAGUUACAGGAGGUAAGUCCUGCCAUCCGCAAUGGAGUGUACUCUCACCUGGAAGCUUUUGUGCCGUGCAAUAAGGACACACUGAUAAAGCGUCUGAAAAAGUUACACCUCAACGUCCAGGAUGACCGCUUAAGAGAACCAUUGCAAAAGCUGAAACUGGCUGUCAGUAAUGUCAUGCCUGAACAGUUAUGCAAGUACCAAGAGGACUGUCAGGCCCGCAAUCAAGCCAAGAAUGCCAAGUUGCAAGCGGAAGAUGAACGAGAGAAAAAUGGAUCAGAGGAAGAUGAUGAUGAGAAACCUGGAAAGAGGGUUGUGGGACCCAGAAAGAAGUUUCAUUGGGAUGACACAGUGAGGUCUCUGUUGUGUAAUCUUGUCAAGAUCAAGCUGGGAUGCUAUGAGCUAGAGCCAAAUAGAAGUCAGUCUGCUGAAGAUUACCUCAAAACCUUUAUGGAAACAGAAGUGAAACCACUUUGGCCUAAAGGCUGGAUGCAGGCAAGGAUGCUUUUUAAAGAAAGCCGAAGUGUUCACAAUCACCUCACUUCUGCUCCGGCAAAGAAGAAGGUGAUUCUGGCCCCUAAACCAAAAGUGAAGGACUCCAGUCCGAAAAAAGAACAGAAGACCUGUAUGUCUUCAGUCAAUUCAAGCUGUGCUACUGUACUGAGUUCCAGCACACCUGUUUGCACCCCAGCCAGCUCUAGCUGCACACCAGCUCCAGAGACGAUCUGCUUGGAUGACUCCCUGGAUGAAGACCUCUCUUUCCACCCACCCUCACUGGACUCUAUUUCCGAUGCUCUGGCAGUUAUCAAUAAUGGUGCCAAGGGAUCACCUCUUGGGUCCACCAUAGACACACCAACAUCCAGACCUCGCCCUGGGCUGAGGGAAGAGAAACUAGCAAGCAUUAUGAGUAAGUUGCCUCUGGCAACUUCAAAGAAAGUAGAGCCCACUCAAACAUCCCAUUCAUCAAGUCUUAUUGCUGGUCACACAGGGCCAGUACCAAAGAAACCCCAGGACUUAGUUCACACUGGUAUCUCUUCAGGCCUUAUUGCUGGAUCUUCAAUUCAAAAUCCCAAGGUUUCCUUAGAGCCUUUGCCAGCCAAACUACUACAGCAAGGACUACAGAGGUCAAGUCAGAUCCAGUCUGCUUCCUCUUCUCAGACUCAUGUUUCUUCCUCUAAGACCCAAGCAGCUGUUUCCACCUCCUCUCAAAGAACCAAGGAUGCUAAUAUCUUGGUAUCGUCUUCUGAGGCUCAAGGUGGUACUUCCUCAACAUCGCAAGUGACAAAGGUGCACCAGCAUUCAGCUGUACAGCAGAAAUAUGUAUCUCCUUUACAAGCAACUAUUAGUAAAUCACAGACCAAUCCUGUGGUGAAAUUGAGUAGUAAUCCCAAACUGUCUUGCUCAGCACCAAUCAUCAAGGCUCAAGAUAAGUCUGUAGUAUAUCGCCUGCCUUUGUCUAAUCCCUCAUCUGGAAGUGGCUCUCAAGUGUCUCACCCACUGGUUUCUCGGACAACAUCCAGCACCUCUACCUCUAGUAACUAUUUAGCCAAGGCUAUGGUGUCACAAGUUUCUUCCCAGGGUUUCAAGCCUCCCUUCUCCAUGGCUGCCUCUCCCAAACCUGCUGCCUCUCCCAAGCCCGCUUCAUCUAAGCCCUCUGUGACACCUAAGCCCAAUGCAUCACCUAAAUUUUCAUCCAAGUCCACCUCAUCCCCCAGGCCUGCAACAACACCCAGUUCUUCCAGUUCAAGUGCACUAGUUUCGCAGAGUAGUCACUCCAGCAACAACCCCCUUCAUAAACAGACCAGUGGUGUAAAUAUCAGCAGGCAGUCUCCCACAGUGAAUUUGCUGUCCUCUAAUCGCACCUCAGGCCUUCAGCCUGCAAAGAACCCUCAGGCUUCUUCAAAAUUGCCCAACUCUUCUCCUUCUGGAACUGUUGGUAAAAAUAAUUUGGGUGGAGUUGGAAUGAAUGUACCUGCCAACAGAGGCAGUAACCUUAACUCAAGUGGAGCUAGUAGGACUAGUCUGUCUGGGGGAACAGGAAGUGGAACACAGGGUGCUACUAAACAAUUGUCAACUCCACACAGACCAUCUUCUGCCUCAGGGUCUCCAGUUGUAGCAGCCAGCGUGCAGUCAACAGCAGGAGCAUCGUUACUGGCUAACGCCUCACCUCUGACUCUCAUGGCAUCACCCCUGUCUGUAACCAGUCAGAACGUGACGUCUGCACCAUUAACUCCUUUUGGGAUGCUGGGUGGCCUUGUUCCUGUGACUGUGCCCUUCCAGUUUCCCUUGGAGCUGCUUGGCUUUGGGACGGACACAGCUGGAGCGACAACCACCUCGGGAUCUACCUCAGCGGCUUUCCACCACAGCCUAACUCAGAACUUACUGAAGGGUUUACAGCCAGGUGCUCAGCAUGCAGCGACGCUGUCUCACUCACCUCUGCCUGCUCACUUGCAGCAAGCUUACACAGAUGGAGGCCAAAGUAAAGGGGACACUAAGUUACAGCGGAAAAACCAGUGACUUCUGGACAAGCAAGGGAGCUGAAGCAGUUCUGGUUGGCUGACAGAAUCUGCCCAGUUGGGAAAGUGCUUAUUGUCACAGGGCUGCUGUUUCUGUCGAUGUUUACAUAUUCUGAUCCUAAGCACUGUGGUGAGAGGAAGAAGAAAAAUAAAACAAUACUUGAUCAAAGAGAGAAGGAAAAGGAGGACUGGUCCUCCUGGUCAUGCAGACUGGUCAUAGUUUGAUAUUGCCUAAAGAAACAACGUUUUUUAUCUGCUCUGAUUGGCUCUUAAAAGAAAUUGAUCGUCAAACCCACAGCAGCACCAACAUUUUUGUCUGGGUGAAGUCCAAUGAAAAGUGGAAAUCGUGAGAGGAGCUAGAAUAGGUUUCUCCAUUCAUUGUGUAAAGCGGAAUCAUUCACUUCAUUAGUGCCCAGAGUGCCCAGGGUAAGAUUAUAUGUAGGUCCUGAGUGUAUUAAAUGGUUGUGGACCAAAGGUUAUGUAGAAUAGAGGUGGUGCUGGGAUACUUUGCAUUAUAAUUAAACCUUUACCACAAAUGCAGUUUCUGAUAAUGGGCAUUUUUCCAGCUUUACAAGGCUGUUUGGCUUUAGGGAGCCUACAGGUGUAUGCAGUCUCAGUAGAGAAUUGUCUUCAAAAACAGAUCUCCUGGUACAUCAAGAUGCGAGACAGACUAUUUGUUCGAUUUUUAUUUUUUUUUUUAAGUACAAAAAUUCUUAUUUAAGGGAGGAAGGGGAUGAAAAAUUUUUCAUUACAUGAAAAGGAAACCCACAUUUGAUUGGUCAGAUUAGCAUUUCUUUCCCACAUGUUUUUUUUUAAAGGCAUACUAAUGUUUCGGUCAUUUUAUUUGUUAAACUUUCUUUCACCUCUGCCUUGUGCUUAUUUGCUAAUGAAACUAAGUUAUGUUCUAUUCAUGUCUUUCAUAAACAACAACCAGUUCUUAGCUCAUUCUCGAUCUUCAUCUUUCAUUUAACUCUUCCCAAAAGCCAUCCAUUUUACUGAUUUGCUAGUUAAAGAAGCGUGAUUGUGACCUAUUCCAGAGUCAGGUUAGUACUGCUUCAGGCAUUAGCCAAAGAGGAGUCGUUCAAAAGCGACCAGAGGUGCCUUCUCUUCUGGGGGCUGAAUGGGUUGUCUCCAGCAUUUCCAGCCCCUGCUGGCCUGGGGAGUGUCCAGCCUGAACUCUUUUCUUACAUGGUAGCACAAGACUGCAAAGCUGGCUUUUUUUUUUUUUUUUUCUUUGAUAGCAAUACAUCAACUGGUUCACGUGUAAGAUUAGGAAGUAUCCAGCACAUGUUGCACUUUCAGCACUAGGACAGAACUUUGCUAUUGCGUCCCUUGCGCUGUCAGAUAAAAGGUGAGAAUGGCAAAAAGUUAAAUAAGUCAUAGGGGAAAGGAGCAAAUAAAGUAGUAGGAUGCCCUUCUCCUUCAGCCCUGAAACAUUCCUUUAGACCAGAGAUGCUGAAAUUCCUAGUAAAUAGUUUUUCCAGUAGUUUGACUUGAGAUUGAACCAGAGACUACUGGUUAUCUCACACCUUUUAGAGCGACUUUGACCCGUGAGUAAUUAAUCUUCAAUGUUUUUUGCUAGAUUAUUUCGAGCUUGCAGGUUUCUUUUACAUGUGAUUUAUUUUUCUUAGAUCAGACAACAAUUUCUUUUCUAUUUAGAGCUCAUUUUAAUUUUAUAUAAAUAUAUAUACAUAAAUUUAAAAUAAUAUAUAUUGUGUAUUUAGUAUAAAAAUGUUGGGUUGAGCUCAGCAAUAAAUGUUUUUGCACAACACUUCUGUGAAAGACAGAUUGAAUUAAGAUGCAUUAGUUCAUUAAUUUCACUCCACAGCAUCUGCCAAUUAAAUGCUUUUUAGCUAGCGCUGAUGUUUUGUAUGUGGCGUGUUGAUUAGAUAAGCUUGCAUCUCCAUUGAGGUUUUUAAGAGUUGAAACAUACAGCUAUGUAGACCCUAGCAUUCUUAAUACUGUACAUAUUCUGUCAAAAUACCAUGAACUAUUUAGAAUGCAAGCUUUAUCUGUUUUUUCUUCCUUCUCUUCUCCAGGAAGGUUUGAAGGAAGACAACUUCUGUUUUUUGAGGCCCAAUGGUUCUGGCAUUCUGGUUAAUUCUCUGAACUGUGUCAAACCUGACAAUUUUAACAUGCAUGUAGCUAAGGGAGUUGCAGCAGUGAGCCAUUGGGCAGCAAUAUAUUUAAAAGACCCUGUCCUAAGAGUUCUACCUCUUCUAUGUUUUCCUCAUCGAGGCAUCUCGUUCAAAUUGCCAUCUUUUGUCUUCAUACUCAAUGAAAUUUUAGACUGGGAGACUUGGAGCCCUUUAUAACUACAGCACAAAUUCCCUUUCAGUGUUCCUCUCUUCCUCGAAGUAUGCCUCAUCUUCAGCUGAAGAGUAAUCCUCUCUAAAUCUUGAGGGUAGGAGCAGUGCUGCCUCUGUAUCCUAUUGAGCUUCUCAGUCUUAGGAAACAAGUAAACUAAUACUUCUUAUGGAAAUAAAUAGUAGGAUGAUGAGAAUAAAGAUGACCAUAUGUUGUUUGUGACUUCAGUUCAAACAGUCCCCCAGCAGGUAACUGUUUUCAGUCAUUAUGCUCCUAAGCUUCUUUGGAAUGAGCAACAUAGGGUAUGUAGACCCUUUCAUUGCUGUUCCCUGUCCUCCCUGGUUAAAUUUAGCAAGGCCAAGUCAAAUAAUAGGGUGAUUCCCAGAGACCUUUGCAGGUAGCAUAGACAGGAUGGGGAAGGGAAAGAUUUGCUGCAGCGUCCAAAUGCAAAAUUAGGUUAAUGUUUUACUAUUUUCUGCACAGCAGCUCUUCUGAAGACAUUUCCCCCCAGGUUUUUACUACUUUUUAAGGGCCUUUGUUAAUAAAUAAACUGUAGUUGUACAUACUAAAUAAACCCUCAGUAUUCACAAGCAAUAAGAAAGCCAACUAUAGCUGUCUUUUCCGGGCAGCAGGGCUGAACUUGGUUUGGGGACUGUAUAUGAGCUAACAUGCCAAGCUCUCUGAAAGCCCCAAACAAAUGCAAGCAAUAACUUCAAACGUAGGUUUUAGAUGUUAAAACCGUCUGGGUAGUAUUUUCUGCUACAUGAUCCAAAGUCCCUAAAGUCGCGGUAGCUAUUUUAAAUCCUUAGAGACACUUGCAAAGAAAGAAGACAGGCUAAAUGGAAAACAGGCUGCAAAGUUUCCUGGUACUUUGGACUAGAACUGCAGUGUUCUCCCAGUCGGAGAUGCAAAUGGCCUAGGUCACAUUGUCCAGUCUUCUCUGCUGAUUUGAGAAACAUGACUAAAUACUGAUCAACUAAGUCACAAGUGUGGAUGCUGUGGGUUUCACAUCUGUUUUCUGCUAAUCAGAAGUAACUUUUAAUUACUUGGGUUCUGCUUUUUGUUUGAAUCCGAUCAAAGUUGUCUGAUGCACAGAUUUAGGGGUGGGACAGGUGUUAAAAGCCUGUUCCUUCCUGCAGUCCCAUCAUCUGACCCUUCCUCCACACUCCUUCUCCGCUUGGUGCAAGACCCUUGAGGACAUGAAAACAGAGAAACCUUGCAACUCUCCCAAACUGCCAUCGGUUGUGCGAACAAGUAACCCUCUGGGAGUCAUCUUGGACUCCAACUAACUUUAUCACAUUUGCUGCUACAUUCGUAAAAUGAACUUUUGGCUGUAUUUAUUAGCAAAUUUUAAUCUAGUUUACAGGUUGGGGUUUUUUGUUUUCUUUUGAUUAGUUUUUGCCCACAGAUGGAUUAGAAAUGUUGGGGUGCUUGGGUUGAUGGGUUUUUUGUUUUGUUCUGGUUUGGUUUUGUUUUGAGUGAAUUGGUGAAAGCACAGUGGUCCCUCUUCUGCUUUUGUUUUGGAAAUUUUUUUCCCUUUUUUUUUUUUUUUUUCUUGGUAGGGAAAACCUACAGCCAAACCAAACUGUGGAAGGCUCCCUCCCACAUCAACCUUUCAUCUUCUGCUGAACUGGGGGGGAAAUCAUUAAAGGGACACUUGCUUUUUGUUUGGCCUUGUUUGUUGUUUUGGUUUGUUGGGUUUUUUUUCCAUAAUGAACCAGAAGGUAAAAGCAGUAGGUAAACAACUGAUUAACACUUUAUGCAAUUUUAAUUUUAUAGAAAUUUUUAAAAAGUUUGGUAGACUUUGAUUGGUCCAAGCUCCAGUGAAAUGGCUGUUACCCUCCAUGACUUACUUGAUUCAGGCCUUUGUCCUUUGUUUAAGUGCCUUUUUGUUUUUAAUUUUAUUUCCCUAUCCUCUUUAAACUUUUCUCAGAGAUCCUGAAGUGCUGGAAGGCAUUUUGGAGGAAAAUCUUAAGCUUACCAAGAUGGCUUUAUGCUGUUAUACUAUUUUUUUCCCUUUUGUAAAGAAAAAAAAAAAAACAAACAACCAAGUGUGUGUAAUGUGUGUAACUUCAUGCUGCUGUACCAUGGCGUUGGUUCUGUGUGCUUGUGCAUUCUUCCUCUCUCACACGCACACACGUGCGCACACACACACACACAGCAAUAUUCCUGAAACCUGUUCAUCCUUCUACAUUCUCCUGGCUCUGUCAAACACUACUUAAUGGUGAGCGUUUGUGCAAAGAUGGCAGUACAAUAAAGGAGUGUGUGCAUGAGUGUGCGUAAAUGUGCAUGAGAGAAAGGAAAUGGCUAAUGGAAAUGAAACUUCUUGCAUUUUUCUCUGAAGGUUUUAAAUUUUUCUUAAUUAGGUCAUGAGUAAAACAUUAUGGGCCCUGUCUGGCAACCUUAUUAAUUACUGGACCAUUUCAUGCAAUUAUUGAGGCAAAGAUGUGUGGCUGACAGCCCCAAGGACCUGUGGGGGAAAGAAAGUUAAAACAGGAGCUUGACAUAAGUUUGAGUUGAGAUGAACUGCAAGGCAUCCUGUGUGCAGCUAGCCACAUCUGCUUGACACCGGUUAUUGCAAGGAUUCUCACACUUACCGAAGUUGUCACUUUGCACCAUCCAUCAUAUGUAAAAAGGAAUUUGGUAAAAUCUGCAAGAGUGCAGCUGCUAAUGGAAUUUAAAACUGGCUAUGCUUCACAUGCUGCCUAAGUUCCUCACCAUGAAAUACUUUUCCAGUUGUACUUCUUAAUUUAUUGAGAUUUUAUUAAUGAUUUGUUCUCUUAUGACUCUGUUGUUAGCUGCAGGUGAACCCUCAUACUACUGUCUGUGCUUGUUUCCUUGUUCUCUGACAAAAUUAGCUAUCUGCAAUAGAUGAUCUAGUGAUUUCAACACCUUUGUGCUGAGGAUCUGUCUAACUUAUGAUUAUUAUAAACAAGAAUACAUGAAAUUAGCAAUUCACUUGUUGACCACGUGCUAAACUGAAGGUAAAAAGCGUAUGCAUCACUACACUGUUCUGGUUCUGUGAUGUGCUUCCCCUGGGGAAGAUCUAAUAUUGAGUUGCAGUAUGAAAAGGAAGCAUUUCUUUACAGAAUGAGAACAGAAUGAAAAGUCCUUCGUGAGUGGAGAACCAGACUGGAAAACAAAAUAUGAUACCAAAUAUAACAUGUUCUCUGUGGCAGAGAAUAGCCUAACUCAGUUCUUGGCUGGUCUUCACAUGUUUGACUAAACUCGUUACGUAAACUAGACCAUAGGCGGAUUUCUCCUACCAAUCCAAUGGUGCCAGUCAAAGAGGACUAUUGCUGGUAGCUCAGCCAGUUGGAGUGAUAGUUGAGGGAGCUUCUAAAUCUCUUUAGAUGCAGUAGUGAAGUUACUUAAGUGGAGUUUGCCACACUCACCUAUGUCACUGUUUAAUUCCUUUUGGGCGCACAUGCUCUUUAUUCUAGGCUGAUCUGUGGGAAUCUACAGCUGGUGAUGAUGGCUGAGUGUUGCAGUCUUUCCUAACAAAUGCAGCUGUUGUGAAAGUCUCUGCUGCUUAAGAAAUCACUACCAAGAUAGGCAGCCAAAGGUAUGACUGCUGGGCCACUGGAAAGAUGAGCAUUGUGUAGAGGAACGUUUUGUUUGUGGAAACUUCUGCUGUGGCUUCAUCAUCCUUUUUCUAUGACCUGAUUUCAACCCUUGCUGCUGUAAUAGCUUUUUGGGUCUGUAGAAAGCCCUGCUGCUGCUAUGAGGUAUGCUGAAAGAUCAGUAGGGCCUGGAACUGGCCCAAAACUGGGGAGUUACAAAGAUUCUCCCCAGCUGUUUUUGCACACUCAUAAACAACACUGUGCUGGUCUUGUCAGUAGUCAAGGAUAGAGGCGUGUAUUUUGUAGCCAUUUUUGACAGCUAUAAUUCUACAGAGCAACUCUCGGGGGAGAAAAAAA